GACUCCGUCUGUUCGCUGGUCUGGGCGGUGGGAGUGGUCGCCAGCCUUUAUCUACUUCCGUCUGUAGUCAAGCAGACCUUGCCAACUUCUCUCAAACGUGCAGGAGACUCUUCGGUACCGCCGAGACCUUUGGAAUUUACGGGUCAUCGCACCCCAAAGCAUUCGCUUUCACGAGGCAUGUCUUCAGACUCGGCCUCCGAUUUUCUCUCCAUGAGGGAUCCUUUCGCUUCCCCGCCUCCCCCGCCUCCUCCCACCGUCGGCCUUGGACUUGCCGAUUUGAAUCGUGUGCAAUUCAGUGACGUGGCGGCUCAAUAUCGUUUUCCCGCGCCCAAAGCGAGGAAAGCAAAGAGAGGAUGCAAGAGACGAAUGGGAAUGAGGGUGAGAGCAUUGGAACACCAAGCCUCUGCACAAACUCUGCUCCCUUCUCGUCCCGUUCCAGCUUACAUCAUCGAGGGAGAGCGUGGUCUUGGAGAUGAGGUCCUAUUGGCCCAACUUCUAUUGCAAUCUCUGACGGCAGGCACUGAAGCGGAGGCGGAACCCAGCAGCCCGACGAGCGUAGCAGGGACGAGCCAUGUGUUGUCUUUCCCUGAGCCUACCGCCCAUAUUGAGAGGCUGGGGUCGAGGUGGAGUGCUAGCACGGCGGCUCUGUCAGUGUCUACUGGCACUGCUUGGAGCGAGAAGAAAUCGAGGGCUUCUACUAGCACUUCUGCCUCCGGGCUUGCGUGCGGGAGGAAGAGUUCGGAGGCGAGGAAGUCGACUGCUACAGGGAUCUCGGCUUCAUCCGUACCAUCGACCUAGGCCUGGCCCUUUACAUAUGUUCGCGCUCACUAGUACUCCUUCCCUUGACUUCUCAUUGUCCCUUACGGUUCUUAACUCCUUUUGAGUAGACUCGACGCCCAUCCAACCUUCCGCGUUUACGAGCCACGCGGUCAUCACUGUCCUUACUCGUCGUCACUGUAUUUUGAUCGGCCUCCAAACCUAGAUGUUCUCGUCAUCGCACUCAAUUCUCUAUUCGACUUUUGCAUGGUAUCACCUCAAUUUCAUCGCACCGUGU